AUGUCGUUUCCGAAGAACGCUACACUCUCCCCGGUGCCCUUCAAGAUUGCCGUGCCCCAGAAGGAGAUCGAUGACUUCAAGACGCUCCUGCAAUUGAGCCAGCUUCCGCCGCCGAUAUGGGAGGGCACCCAGCCGCAAUUCGGCGUACAGUCCAAAUGGAUGAGCGAGACGAAGGAGUACUGGGAGACCAAGUUUGACUGGCGUUCUCACGAAGCCGAGAUCAACAAGUACCCGCAGUACACCGUCCCGAUAACUUCUUCGCUCGGAGCCACCCUAGACAUCCACUUCAUAGCACACCUCUCCUCUGAUCCUGAUGCAGUGACAUUGCUGCUGCUGCACGGAUGGCCGGGCUCGUUCAUCGAGUUCCUCGACCUCAUUACUACCCUCUCGGCGUCUACAACCCCGGCGUUCAACAUCAUUGUGCCCAGUCUUCCCGGAUACGCGUUCUCGUCGGGGCCACCGUUGGACAGGGAUUUCGACCUCGCGGAGGUGGGCGAGAUGUUGAACUCGCUCAUGGUGGGGCUGGGAUUUGGUAAGGAGAGUGGUGGGUAUAUAGCACAGGGUGGCGAUAUCGGUAGCUUUCUGUCGAGGCUGCUGCAGGAGCGUUAUGAGGACUGCAAAGCAAUUCAUCUCAAUGCGUUAUUCCCCACCGACACAUACCCCACCGAAAACCUCACCCCCAGCGACCUCAGAGGCCUCGAGCGCGCUAAGGCCUUCCGCACAACCGGUGGGGCAUAUGGCCUUACACAUGCCACACGUCCCAGCACGAUUGGCCACGUUCUCUCCAGCACUCCUCUUGCACUACUUGCAUGGGUGGGCGAGAAACUGCUGGAGUGGACCGAUGAGGACCCCAGCGUCGAAGCCGUGCUGAGAUUGGUGACGUUGUGGUGGUUUACGAAGACAGCGCCUAGAGCGAUUUAUCCAUACCGCCAGAUCUUUAGGAGGCCUGACUCGGCGAAAACGGUGUGGAAGAAGCCGGUGGGCUAUUCGCUAUUCCCGGAGGACAUUAUCCCGACGGGGAAGAUCUGGGCCGAGUUUGAGACGGAGGGGAAGAUGGUGUGGUUCAAGGAGCACGAGACGGGCGGGCAUUUCGCGGCGAUGGAGAAGCCAAAGGCGUUGGCGGAGGAUCUAGUGCAGUUUGUUUUGUUUUUGAAGGGGCUAGAGAAGUAG